UUUAAGUGUCUCACUACUGGUCGGGCGGCGGACUGGGAGGUGUGUCGGAGAAGCAGCGGGGCAGCGGACCCGGUGUGAAGUGUUUUUGGCUCCACACUGAGACCUGCGACCGGCUCGGAUAAAGUUGUGACGAAGGAGCGCGCGAACAACUUUGGAGCGAGUCUUGGAUAGAAGCUCGCGCGCGUCUCCCCAGCUAAUCAUCUCGGAGCUCGCGACUCGAACGUCUCCUCUGUUUGACAGCCUGCGAUGGACGAGGACGGCGGCGUGUUGCCCGAGCUGAGGGACAUAGAGACGAAGCUGGGUCGAAAGGUCCCGGACAGUCUCGUUCGCUCUCUGGUUGGAGGACAACACCAGGACGAGCGCGAGAAGUCAGCGGCGGCGGCGCACGUGACGAGCCGCAAAUGUCGUAGCAACAACGCGGACUUGAAACGACUCGAGGGCAAGAUGCUGUUCCUGAAACAAGAAAUGGCACAUCUGCGAGCCAUCGAUGUGAAGCUGAUGCAGCAGCUGAUGUCCAUCAACGAGGGCAUCGAGUCCAUCCGUUGGAUGAUCGAAGACAAAGGAGGCGUGGCCAGCCAAGAGGGCAGCCUGACGGGCAGCUUGUACAGCCUGUCGGACAGCCAGGACGGUACCUCACUGCGAGGCAGCUUCAACAGCCUGAAUGACGGUAACAGCGACGGGCUUGACAGCCUGUCUGUGGGUAGUUACUUGGACACUCUAGCGGAGGACCUCUCGGACAACCCGUCACCGACGGAUCUGGACUGUUUUGUGGAUAAAGCGGUUAUCGACGGUGAUGGUUUCAGCAAAUCGCCACUGAAACUCAGGGUGGAAUCGGAUGAAUACUACUGCUUUGGAUAAUGAUAAGCUAAACGCGGUGGUUCCAGAGACUACUGAGAUGUUUUGUGAAGAAAGAUUUAUAAGUUAACACAGCUGUCAGAAUAUUUUUUUUCCCCCCACGUGCUUCACAUUAUUUUCAUAUUAGCAACAGCCAAGAUGUUGGCAAGACUUACCAAAUGACUCAUGUUUUAUACCUUGAAACCAGGUUAAUUAUGAUGGAUUGAACACACCUCAUGAAACCGUUGCCUCUUAAAGGGGCAGUAGGUGAUUCUGGAGAAAGACCAUUUGUUCUGUCAUAUUUGUCAGCCUUAGAAAGAGACUCGGCAGUCAAUCGUCGUUCUCGAGACUCUCCUGCUUCUCCUGAAAACAUCUUAACGAUUCUUUGUCUUAAUAUUUUACCAUGCAGGUCAACUAAAUUGAAAAGGUGCUCUAUUGUGCUUGAAGAUUGUAUUUAUUGUGGAAUCCUUCAGUACCUCAGCGGUUUGUUCCUCACAGAUUCUUCCCAGCCUGAAGAGGGAGUGAAUGAGAGUAGCAACAUCAGCUGAACAGCAAACUUCCGUCUGUAUCUGUGGGGAAUUCGACUUUGUGUUAGGUCAACCACAAUCAGCUGAUCUAGGUAAAGGAGUAGAUUAGGAUUUAGCAGCCAUUUGGAAAAUUGGACAUUUCAUGCUGAGUGAUUCGAGAGGGUAAACUCUCUAACAUGGUAAGUGUUUCAGCAAGUGCAAUUUGCUUCGAUGCCAAAUUCUGAGCACCACCUACUGUAACUGUUAAGCUUUUAAUUAUUUUUUACUUACACGAUUUGACUGAUGGUUAAACUAAACCCCCCUCUGCGAUGGUGUACGUGUACAGCACACACAAGAGAUUAGUAGCACAUUCAAAGCACAGAUGCUUGACUGAAAACCAAAGCAAUUUGAUUGUCUUAUAGAUAACUUAGGCCCGAGGCAAGAGCCUGUUAACACCAGAUGGAUGGGAGAUUUGCUGAUGGUGGACAUAUGUGAAACACAUGUUUGCUUUGUGGGCACAUUUUAAUUCUCCGUUGCCAAAACAGUAGGUUUAAGGAGAGCUAUACAUUACUGUGCAUUCAUGUGUUGUUUUGGCUUUAAACUCCUCGUUGAUUUUUUUUUUUUUUUUGUGUUUUUUCUUCGGCUGUUUUUAAAAGAAAUGCGUUUUUAUUGAUUGCUGUUGAUUUUGUCUUGGAAAUGAGAUAAUAUAUUGUGAUUUUCCUCUUG